UCUAAGUGGGCUUAAGCUCUUUCCAUUCUUCUUUUGUCAUGGAUGAAAGGUUGAGAACAGCAGCUCGUACAGGAAAUGUUAGUGAUCUAUACAGUUUAAUUGAAAUAGAUGGAAAUGCUUUGAAGCAAUUUGACGAGGAGGAGUUUGUCGAAACUCCCUUACACAUUGCUGCAGAAGAAGGAUGCCUUAGGUUUGCAAUGGAAAUGAUGAGCUUAAAGCCAUCAUUUGCUAGCAAGCUAAACAAACAAGGCUUGACCCCACUUCACCUUGCAGUUACAAAUCCGGAUACAAGUAUGGCUCUACGUUUCUUGGAAAUUAAUAAAGAUCUAGCUCGUGUCAAAGGAAAGAAUGGCAAGACACCUUUGCACAUCAUAACUGAAGCUGGGAACCAUAAUGGUCUGUUGGAUAGAUAUCUAGAGAUUUGUCCUCAAUCGAUUCGGGACGUUACAGUUGAGAAUCGUAAUGCUUUGCAUAUUGCCGUGGAAAACAACGAACUGGAUGUUCUUCAAGUCCUAAUUCGAACACUUAAGAAGACAGACUACUAUUGUGAAGUGGUGAACCAAAAAGAUGAAGGUGGAAACACUGCACUGCACUUAGCUGCUUUUCAUGAUCGACCCCAGAUGCUUAAACUAUUAUUGAACUGCAACGCCGAUAAGCACGCUACCAAUCAAGCUGGUUUGAUGGCAUUGGAUAUUGCAGACCAACAUCACAAUGAAGACAGUAUUACUGUUCUACGUGGUUGCUUUAUUCCAGGAGUUUCAAACUUUAAACGUAAGUACGAGAAACAAAUGACAAAAGUAUCAUCUCUAAUCUCUCACGAGAUAGAUAAUAUGUCAGGCGAGGACCGCAAUGCCUUACUAGUAAUUUUAGGGUUGCUUCUAACUGCAACCUUCCAAGCUAGUCUUAGCCCACCUGGUGGUGUUUGGCAGGGAGAUAACACUUCAAAGUCCGAAGGGUCAUAUGAUGAGAUGCAGCGAUCUUUAAAAAUAAUAGUAGACACUGUAGGUGGGCUUCAGCUCUUUCAAAUUUUCUUUUGUCAAUUGGUUCUUCCACCUGAUAUGGAUGAAAGGUUGAGAACAGCAGCUGGUACAGGAAAUGUUAGUGAUCUAUACAGUUUAAUCCAAAGAGAUGGAAAUGUUUUGAGGCACUUUGAUGAGGUGGAGUUUGUUGAAACUCCCUUACACAUUGCUGCAGAAGAAGGAUGCAUUAGGUUUGCAAUGGAAAUGAUGAGCUUAAAGCCAUCAUUUGCUAGGAAGCUAAACCAACAAGGCUUAACCCCACUUCACCUUGCAGUUACAAAAGGGCAUACAAGUAUGGUUCUACGUUUCUUGGAAAUUGAUAAAGAUCUAGUUCGUGUCAAAGGAAAGAAUGGUAAGACACCUUUGCACAUCAUAACUGAAGUUGGGAACCAUAAUGGUCUGUUGGAGAGAUUUCUAGAGAUUUGUCCUCAAUCGAUUCGAGACGUUACAAUUGAGAAUCGUAAUGCUUUGCAUAUUGCCGUGGAAAACGACAGACUGGAUGUUCUUCGAGUCCUACUUCGAACACUUAGGAAGACGGACUACUAUCGUGAAGUGGUGAACCAAAAAGAUGAAGAUGGGAACACUGCACUGCACUUAGCUGCUUUUCAUAAUCAACCCGAGAUGCUUAAACUAUUAUUGAACUGCAACGCCGAUAAGCACGCCAUCAAUCAAGCUGGUUUGAUGGCAUUGGAUAUUGCGGACCAGCAUCAUAAUGAAGACAGUAUUACUGUUCUACGUGGUUGCUUUAUUCCAGGAGUUUCAAACUUUAAACAUAAGUUGGAGAAACAAGUGAAAAAAGCAUCAACUCUAAUCUCUCACGAGAUAGAUAAUAUAUCAGGCGAGGACCGUAAUGCCUUACUAGUAAUUUUAGGGUUGCUUCUAACUGCAACCUUCCAAGCUAGUCUUAGCCCACCUGGUGGUGUUUGGCAGGGAGAUAACACUUCAAAGUCCAAAGGGUCAUAUGAUGAUCUGGCAUUGGGAUCACUUUUACCAAAUGUAAUUCAUGCAGUUUGGUUAUUCCUUUUCCUAUAUGAUGAGUUCUGGACAGGAACCAUUUUAGUUGGAGCAUACUAUUCUGUCUAA